AAAUCGAUAUCAAAUUCAUGACAAUGAAGAAUUAGCAAUGUCGAAGACAACUACUUCAUUUGUCAGAUCUUUUUUUAUCAUCCUACCUAUACUACUUUCUUCUGCAUAUUCUGACGAAAAACCGGAAACAUUCAUCGUUCAUGUUUCUAAACUAGAAAAACCGUCCAUUUUUCCUUCUCACCAUGAUUGGUAUACCUCAACUCUUCAAUCUCUUCCUGCACAUCUUUCUUCGUCUGAUCCACGUGAAAAUAUCAUUUACACGUAUAAAAAUGUUUUUCAUGGAUUUGCUGCAAGACUCACUCCAUCCCAAGCAUCACAUCUCCGUCUUCAACCAGGAUUCCUUGCAGUCCUCCCUCAAGAAAUUCACCAACUCCAUACUACUCGCAGUCCUCAUUUUCUUGGUCUCAGUGCUAACUCUGGUCUCUGGCCUGACUCAGAAUAUGGUGAGGACAUCAUUAUUGGAGUUCUUGAUACUGGAAUCUGGCCGGAACGUCAAAGUUUCAAUGACACGGGUAUAACUAAUCCCGUGCCAAAGAGAUGGAAAGGUUUUUGUGAGUCUGGCGUUGACUUCCCCAACACAUUGUGCAACAAAAAGAUAAUUGGCGCUCGAGCUUUUUACAACGGAAUUGAAGACGGUGGACUGCUAAACGAGGCCAAAGACUUGAAAUCGCCAAGAGAUACAGAUGGACAUGGUACGCAUACGGCAUCAACCGCAGCUGGAUCUGUAGUUAAGAAUGCUGGAUUGUUUGAAUACGGUGUUGGAGAAGCAAAAGGAAUAGCUACCAAGGCAAGAAUUGCUUCUUACAAGAUAUGCUGGAGUGCGGGAUGUUCUAAUGCGGAUAUUCUUAGUGGAAUAGAUCAAGCUGUGGCAGAUGGGGUUGAUGUGAUCUCUUUGUCUGUUGGUCCCGGUAUCCCUGGGCAACAACCGUAUUAUGAUGAUCCAAUUGCCGUUGGGACAUUUGGUGCUGCGAUGAAAGGAGUGUUAGUUACUGCCUCUGCAGGAAAUUUGGGUCCUGAACCAUUCACGGUUACUAAUGCUGCGCCAUGGAUUCUUACCGUUGGAGCAUCUACGGUUGAUAGAGAAUUUCCUUGUAACGUGAUAUUAGGCGACGGGAGAGUUGUCAAUGGUGCAUCAUUAUAUUCAGGGAAGCCACUCGAGAAACCCAAUAUAGAUCUAGUUUUUUUUCCUGGUAGCAUUUUUUGCAGAGAAGGGGAACUAAAUUCCACUGAAGCUGCAGGAAAGAUUGUUCUUUGUUUUGAUGGUGGUAGAAUUGGAAGAGCUGCUAAAGGAAAUGCAGUCAAAAUUGCUGGUGGUGUUGGAAUAAUUAUCGCAAAUUUACGAGAGCGCGGAGAAGGAUUAGAUGUUGUUUCACAUCUAAUUCCCGGAACAACAGUGACUUACAGUGAUGGUGUCGAGAUUCAAAGGUACAUCAGAACACAGCAAAAGCCUACAGCGUCGUUCGAUUUUGAGGGAACAGUGACUGGAUCCUCUCCUUCAGCUCCUAAAAUCGCUGCAUUUUCUAGCCGCGGACCUAACCUUAUAACACCCGAGAUACUUAAACCAGACGUUAUCGCACCCGGUGUUAAUAUCUUGGCUGCUUGGACUGGUGCUGUUGGUCCAACAGCACUUGAGGUCGAUAAAAGACUCGUGGAGUUUAACAUAAUAUCUGGUACUUCUAUGGCAUGCCCUCAUGUCAGCGGAUUGGCUGCGAUGCUUCGAAGGGCUUAUCCUGACUGGUCUUCGGCUGCAAUCAAGUCCGCUCUGAUGACUACUGCCUAUAAUCUAGACAAUGCAGGUAAAAUAUUUACUGAUCUGUCAACAGGAAACAAUUCAAUACCGUUCAUGCAUGGUGCAGGACACGUUGACCCUAACAAAGCCUUAAACCCUGGUUUGGUAUACGAUAUUCAGCCAAGUGAUUACGAGGCAUUCCUUUGCUCCAUUGGGUACAACCAGGCACAAAUUAUGCGUUUCAUCCAGGAUAGAACAGUCGACUGCGGGUCGCAUACGUCAGUUACUGGUCCUGGCGAUCUGAACUAUCCGUCAUUCUCUGUUGUUUUUAAGCCACCAAAUUCAGUUGUCAAGCACAAGAGAGUGGUUACAAAUGUUGGAAAAUCAGAAGAUGUGAUUUACAGAGUAAAGGUCAAUAGUCCACGAUCGGCUGAAAUCAGUGUUUCACCGAGCGUACUUGUGUUCACCACGCCUAACCAAAGUUUGUCUUAUGAAAUUACAUUUACAAGCUUGAGUACAGCUGAGAGAAACUCUACUAUUACCAGGGUUUCCUUCGGUUCAAUUGAAUGGACAGACAGCGUACACGUUGUGAGGAGUCCCAUUGCAUUAAUCUGGCCUCCUACACUGUAAUACAUAUAGUAGUACAGUUUGUGUGUUGUAAUCAAAUUGGAUCCAGUUUCUUCUGAGAUUUAAAUCCUGUCAUCACUUGCUAGUAAGUGUUUAGGUGUUUGUCAAGUCCAGUCAACUCGUGUUGACUUAGUUUGUUUGCAGCUCUCUUAUAUCAUAUAUAUAUAUAUAUAUAU